AUGGAAGGGCAGACCAGCAGUGCCGCCAAUGGAGACAGGCCCAAGCAUCUCGGCUACGAAUCGGGUGCAUCCAUGAUGGCACAUGGGGCACACGAGUUGCAUUACCACAUGGCCACAAAGAUUGAAGCUGCACUGGGCCACACCAUGCCGCAAAUGGACGUGCGCUUUAAGAACCUGUCACUAAGCGCCGACAUCGUAGUCGUAGACGACAACAGCUCCAAGCACGAGUUGCCAACUAUCCCGAACGACCUUAAGAAAAUGUUUGUUGGACCCAAGAAGCGCACGGUGCGCAAGGAGAUCCUCAAAAACAUCAGCGGUGUCUUUAAACCAGGAAGGAUCACGUUGUUGCUAGGCCAACCUGGCUCCGGAAAAUCGGCACUUAUGAAGAUCCUGAGUGGCCGGUUCCCUAUUGAGAAAAACAUCACAGUGGAGGGUGACGUCACCUUCAACAACGUCCGUCGAGAAGAUGUGAGCCAGACACUGCCGCAACUCGUGUCCUACGUGAACCAGCGUGACAAACACUUUCCCACUCUGACAGUGAAAGAAACGCUCAAGUUCGCCCACAAAUUCUGCGGUGGCGAGUUUAUGCGUCGUGAUCAAGAGCUGCUAUCCAGAGGUUCAGACAAGGAGAACCUGGAGGCUCUGGAAGCUACCAAGGCGUACUUUAAUCACUACCCGGAGAUUGUGAUUCAACAACUAGGACUGCAGAACUGCCAGGACACUAUCGUUGGAGACGCCAUGCUGCGUGGUGUGUCCGGUGGCGAACGCAAACGUGUGACGACUGGCGAGAUGGAGUUUGGCAUGAAGUACGUGUCACUCAUGGACGAGAUUAGCACGGGGCUUGACAGUGCUGCAACGUACGACAUCAUCAAAACGCAGCGCAGUGUGGCACACACUCUCCACAAGAAUGUGGUCAUUGCGUUGUUGCAACCGUCUCCCGAGGUUUUCUCCUUGUUCGAUGACGUCAUGAUCUUGAACGACGGUGAACUCAUGUACCACGGUCCUUGUGACCAGGUACAGGACUUCUUUGAAGGUCUAGGCUUCUCGUGUCCGCCUGAACGGGACAUUGCCGACUACCUGCUCGAUCUCGGUACUGCGGAACAAUACCGGUAUCAAGUACCGAACUUCGCAACGAAGCAGCCUCGACUUGCCAGUGAGUUCGCUGACUUGUUCAAGCGCUCGAGUAUCCACCAGGACAUGCUGACGGCGCUGGAAGCUCCUCACGCCCCAGAGCUACUGCAAGUUGCUAGCGACAACAUUAAAUCCAUGCCUGUGUUUCAUCAAGGCUUCGUUGAGAGCACACUGACACUGUUGCGUCGGCAACUCAUGGUGACGUACCGUAACAAACCGUUUGUUUUCGGUCGGCUGACGAUGAUUACCGUGAUGGGUCUUUUGUACUGCACGACUUUUUACCAAUUUGACCCAACACAAGUGUCCGUGGUGAUGGGUGUUGUCUUCUCGUCGAUUCUAUUCCUGUCCAUGGGUCAAUCGUCGCAGAUCCCGACGUACAUGGCGGAGCGCGACAUUUUCUACAAACACCGCGGCGCCAACUUCUUCCGCACAGCUUCGUACGUCUUGGCCACGUCGGCCAGUCAGAUCCCGUUGGCUCUUGCGGAGACGGUGAUUUUUGGCACAUUGGUCUACUGGGUCUGUGGGUUUAAUGCGAAUGCGGCCCAGUUUAUCAUUUUCGAAGUGAUCCUGUUCCUCAUGAACCUGGCGAUGGGCAUGUGGUUCUUCUUCCUGUCUGCCGUGGGUCCGAACGCGAAUGUGGUGACGCCUUUGGGGAUGGUUUCUAUUCUGAUCUUCGUCAUCUUCGCGGGUUUUGUAGUGACCAAGAGCCAAAUUCCGGACUACCUCAUCUGGGCACACUGGAUUAGUCCCAUCAGUUGGAGUCUCCGUGCUCUCGCUAUCAACCAGUACCGCUCAAGCGAGUUUGACGUGUGUGUGUACAAUGGCAUCGACUAUUGUUCCCAAUUCAACGGCCUCACGAUGGGUGAAUAUUAUCUGGGUCUUUUCGGCAUCGAAACGGAAAAGUCCUGGAUUGCAUAUGGGAUUAUUUACGUUGUAGCCAUCUACGUAAUUUUCCUGGUUUUGACCUUCCUGGCGCUGGAAUUCCUACGCUACGAAGCCCCCGAGAAUGUCGACGUGUCGGAGAAGACAGUAGAGGACGACUCGUACCGGUUGGUCAAGACGCCCAAGAGUAAAGAUGACAAGGGCGACGUAAUUGUGGAACUGCCUGUGGGUGACCGUGAGAAGAACUUUACGCCAGUGACUGUAGCUUUCCAGGACCUGCACUACUGGGUUCCGGAUCCGCACAAUCCGAAGGACCAACUCGAACUACUCAAGGGCAUUAACGGCUUCGCAGUCCCUGGAUCAAUCACCGCUCUCAUGGGCUCUUCCGGUGCUGGCAAGACGACGUUGAUGGACGUGAUUGCUGGCCGUAAGACUGGCGGGAAGAUCGCCGGCAAGAUUUUAUUGAAUGGCUACGAAGCCAGCGACCUCGCUAUCCGACGUAGUACCGGCUACUGUGAACAGAUGGAUGUGCAUUCCGAGGCCUCUACUUUCCGUGAAGCACUGACGUUCAGUUCGUUCCUACGUCAGGACGCGUCGAUCCCAGACGCCAAGAAGUUCGACUCUGUGAAUGAAUGUAUUGAGCUACUCGGUCUGGAAGACAUUGCCGACCAGAUCAUCCGUGGUAGUUCGGUAGAACAGAUGAAGCGUCUGACGAUCGGCGUGGAGUUGGCUGCGCAGCCGAGUGUGAUUUUCCUGGAUGAACCGACGAGUGGGUUGGACGCGCGUUCAGCUAAGUUGAUCAUGGACGGUGUUCGCAAGGUGGCCGACUCGGGUCGUACCAUUAUCUGUACGAUCCACCAGCCGUCGUCCGAAGUGUUCUACCUGUUCGACAGUCUGCUGCUACUCAAGCGUGGUGGUGAGACCGUGUUCUUCGGAGAACUGGGCAAGAACUGCCGCAACUUGAUCGACUACUUUGAGAACAUCCCCGGUGUGGUUCCGCUCCCCAAGGGCUACAACCCGGCCACGUGGAUGCUCGAGUGUAUCGGUGCGGGAGUGGGUAACUCGUCGGGCAACCAGACUAAUUUCGUGGACUAUUUUAAGAACAGCCCAUACACCGAACAGUUGCUGACUAAUAUGGCCAAGGAAGGCAUCACCGUCCCGUCGCCGGAUCUCCCCGAAAUGGUGUUCGGCAAGAAACGUGCAGCCGACUCGAUGACGCAGUUGAAGUUCGUUACAUGGCGCUACAUCCAGAUGUACUGGCGGACGUCGGCGUACAAUUUGACGCGGAUGUUUUUGGCAAUCAUCUUGGCGGUAGUUUUCGGACUUAUUUUCGUAGACGUUGACUACGCGUCUUAUUCGGGACUAAAUUCGGGUGUCGGAAUGGUCUUCAUCGCCGCUCUCUUCAACUGCAUGAUGGCGUUCCAGAGUGUCCUACCGCUGUCGUGCUCUGAACGUGCCUCGUUCUACCGAGAGCGGGCGUCACAGACGUAUAACGCGUUCUGGUACUUCGUGGGAUCGACGCUGGCUGAGAUCCCCUACUGCUUCAUGAGCUCGCUGAUCUUCACCGUGAUCUUCUACCCGUUCGUGGGGUUCCAAGGCUUCGUCCCCGCCGUGUUAUUCUGGCUCAUCCUGUCGCUCGCGAUCCUCAUGGAAGUGUACAUGGGGAUGAUGUUUGCCUACGCAUUCCCGAGCGAAGAAGUGGCUGCUAUUAUCGGAGUCCUGUUAAAUUCGGUGUUCAUCUUGUUUAUGGGAUUCAGUCCACCGGCGUACGCCAUCCCCUCGGGCUACAAGUGGCUGUACGAGAUCUCGCCAAUGAAGUUCCCGUUGUCGGUCAUGGUGGCGCUCGUUUUCGCCGAUUGCGACGAGUUGCCGACGUGGAAUGAGACGACGCAGAUGUAUGAGAACAUUGGCUCGAACCUCGGCUGCCAACCCAUGGCGGAUUCUCCGGCUGAUGUUGGUCACAUUACGGUGAAGGAGUACACGGAAGAGUACUUUGGCAUGGAGUACGACACUAUCGCUCGCAACUUCGGCGUCGUGAUCGGAUGUAUCGUGUUCUUCCGUAUCCUCGGUCUCCUGGCGCUACGCUUCGUCAACCACCAGAAAAGAUAA